UCCAUCCAGACUGAAAACGAUGAUGAUGAAGUGACCAACAAAACCUGGGUGUUGACUCCCAAAGUGUACGAAAGCGAUGUCACCAACAUCCUAAACAGCCUACUAGAUGGCUACGAUAACAAACUUCGACCAGAUAUAGGAGGUAGGUGUCAUACCACUGCACAUUGAUUGGCUGCUGCUGCUAUGGCCGCCCUCCCCGUUACCAAUCUCCAUUCUCAUCAACAUCGUCAACACAAGCCAUGAGGGAUGAGCAGACACCAUCAUCACUGCUAGCAUCAUCAGAGACAGCCCUCUCAUUUCAAUGAGCCCAUUCAGACUACAGGACCGUAGGCCCACCACAGUAUGACUCAUGUAGACGAAACAGCAUGCUAGCAUUGUUAUGCAGAGACAGCGUUAGCUGUGAAACCUGGACGGGCUGGUAAUGCAUCAUGGGCCUAUUAGCAUUGUCUGUCACUGCUGUGGGCCAAGUAUAGACCCAGUGAAAGAGCUUUCUCUCCCUUCACUUUGACUGGCAGCUGUGCUCAGCUCCCAUGUUCAGACAGAAUGCGUAUACAGGUGUAAGAUCUUAAUUUGACCCGUAUCGUUGCAGGAAAAUUAUUCUGCAGCGACAGGAUUUUAAUGUUUAGUCCAUAAUGUUGCUUGAUCAGGUGGUUAGGCUACUAGCUGACCAAAAUCAGUCUACGAGAAAAGUGCAAUAAUGUUAAUAUAACCAUGUGUUAGUGCAGGUGUUCAGUAAAUGUGUGUAAAUCAUUAAGCUCAUCUGCAUUUCCUGCAACGCAGGAACAUUCUCAGUGACAACAGAGUGAUCAAAUUAAGAUCCUACAUCUGUAGCUACAGUAUAUCUACACUCUUAUAAAAAAGGGUUCUAAAAUGGUUCUUCGGCUGUCCCCAUAGCAGAACCCUUUUUGGUUCCAUGCAGAACCCUUUUUGGUUCUAGGUAUAUCCCUUUUGGGUUCCAUGUAGAACCCUCUGUAGAAAGUCUAGCACAUACCAAUAGACUUCCAGUCAUUGUGCUAAUGCUAGUUAGCAUUGGCCUGUGAAAUUACCUCUAACUUCCUUCUUACUGGACACAGAGGCAUAAAAAUGGUAUCCACAAGUUCAUCUGACUCUGGGGAAGUAGACAAAGUGCUUCAUUGCCAAAAUCCCAAAGUAUCCAUUUAAGUACUUUACACCACUGCACAGAUACAGUGGGUUAUAAUUAGCUAACAACAACCAAGAGCGCUUUUUCUCCUACAAUCACUGGGAUUUGGAUUCAUUGCAGAUUGUGCCACAGUUCUUUUGAAGUCCAUUUUGCAGCUCAUUCAAUUUUAAUGCUGCUGCAGUUUAUGUAUAGCAAUAGAGCAAAGAAGAGAGAUAGACAGGGAAAUACAUUUUCCUUUCCUCGAUUUAUGAUAUCACAAGGGCGCAGGCUGGAUUGUCAUUAUGGAUGAAAAUAAAUGGUGUGCUUCAUAGCAUGCAGGUAUAAACAAGAAAUAAUGUAAUGCCAUCCUGGAGCGAAAUGAAAUCGGACAUCCAAAUGGACGUACUGAUAGUUUGCUUCAUUUAUUGUUUUGCUUUAGGUUUUACACGUCAUUGCACCUUUGAUGAGUAUUCCCAUGAUGAAAGUAGAAGUUUGUUUAUACCACUGCAUUAAUGUUAUCAUUCUAAAAUGUUUUUAUUAAUUUUGUAUACCGCCAUAUUUUUUGUGUUUUUCAAAGACAUCUCUAUAUAUAUUUAGAGAGAGAGAGCGCGCACCAUGAGCAGCUCCACCAUGCCAUCAUUUCAAACUCAUACACUAACUGCUACAGCACUACAAGCUAUUUAGCCUUUACAUCAGCUCCCUCCAAAGAUUUUCUAUUGGGUUCAGGUCUGGAGACUGGCUAGGCCACUCCAGGACCUUGAGAUGCUUCUUACGGAGCCACUCCUUAGUUGCCCUGGCUGUGUGUUUUCGGGUCGUUGUCAUGCUGGAAUACCCAGCCACGACCCAUCUUCAAUGCUCUUACUGAGGGAAGGAGGUUGUUGGCCAAGAUCUCGCGAUACAUGGCCCCAUCCAUCCUCCCCUCAAUACGGUGCAGUCGUCCUGUCCCCUUUGCAGAAAAGCAUCCCCAAAGAAUGAUGUUUCCACCUCCAUGCUUCACAGUUGGGAUGGUGUUCUUGGGGUUGUACUCAUCCUUCUUCUUCCUACAAACACGGCGAGUGGAGUUUAGACCAAAAAGCUCUAUUUUUGUCUCAUCAGACCACAUGACCUUCUCCCAUUCCUCCUCUGGAUCAUCCAGAUGGUCAUUGGCAAACUUUAGACGGGCCUGGACAUGUGCUGGCUUGAGCAGAGGGACCUUGCGUGCGCUGCAGGAUUUUAAUCCAUGACGGCGUAGUGUGUUACUAAUGGUUUUCUUUGAGACUGGGGUCCCAGCUCUCUUCAGGUCAUUGACCAGGUCCUGCCGUGUAGUUCUGGGCUGAUCCCUCACCUUCCUCAUGAUCAUUGAUGCCCCACGAGGUGAGAUCUUGCAUGGAGCCUCAGGCCGAGGGUGAUUGACCGUCAUCUUGAACUUCUUCCAUUUUCUAAUAAUUGCGCCAACAGUUGUUGCCUUCUCACCAAGCUGCUUGCCUAUUGUCCUGUAGCCCAUCCCAGCCUUGUGCAGGUCUACAAUUUUAUCCCUGAUGUCCUUACACAGCUCUCUGGUCUUGGCCAUUGUGGAGAGGUUGGAGUCUGUUUGAUUGAGUGUGUGGACAGGUGUCUUUUAUACAGGUAACGAGUUCAAACAGGUGCAGUUAAUAUAGGUAAUGAGUGGAGAACAGGAGGGCUUCUUAAAGAAAAACUAACAGGUCUGUGAGAUACUGUAAGAUAGACAGAGACAUAUAUAACACCAAUAACAACCUAAACACAGAAUACCCCAUCGUUCAUCGAAUGUGCAUCAUUACACUUGUUUUUUUCUUCUUUCAGUCAAACCAACCGUGAUCCACACGGACAUGUUUGUCAACAGUAUCGGCCCAGUAAAUGCUAUCAAUAUGGUGAGUAUAUUAGUCCCUUCUCAAAUUACACUCUGAAGCUACAGUAAUAUUCCCUUUCGGUAGCUGGCAAAUUGUUUUUGUUCAUUGUCUCAUCAUUGCACUUUUUCCAUACAUUUGACAUCAUGGUCUGUUUAUGUACACACAAAGCUUCAUUUCAAAAUAGAUAGAUACAAUGGAAGUCGUAAUGUUGAUCAAUUGCGUUAUGUAAGGAAUUACAAAAUUGUGUUAUGCUUGUGUUGCUUUCAUGUCAUGCCAUGGAUUGUUGCAUACAUCAAACCUGAGAUAAUAUGGCCUAAUUCCUGCUCAAGGUAAUAUCAUAGCUUUUGUUGCAUUUCCUUGGCUAUGGUUGUCAGAUAAACAUACAGAAUAAGCAACUCCAAGAUGGUUGUUGCUAUUUGUAGACAGAGUACAGGAGUUAAGCUGGGCUGUAAAAAUAGGGCAGGAUGGGUAUGGCUUGAAGAGCCUGCAGCCAUUGUGUCCCAUUGUACUCUAACUGAAAUCCCUGCUGAGGUUCCAAUUUCAUUGUAAUUCAGCACAACAAUCUCUCAUCUCCAUCAUCGGCGAGCACCAAGCCACAGAGAGAGUCUUAGCACAAGUAUAGCUCUGUUGCUGUCAUCACGGGGUUAAGAGACAGUUUGAUCUCCUGUUAAUCACCUUGAGGCUGUGUAUGUGUGCGUUGUGAUGUCUGUUUGCAUGUGAGUGUGCCUAUGUGUGUGCAUGCACAUGCAUGUGUGAAGACCAUAUUGAUUGCUGUACAUUCAGAUAUAAUCAGUCUUGUGGGUACGUUCACAUUAAAUCACAUGGCUGUUGUUGAGGAAAUGGUGGUGAGGAUGCUAGUUUUUCUACAAAGAGGAUUAUGGGUCGACUGAUGAUUCAGGGGUGUCUCGAAGCAUGAGCAUGAUGGUGAAUAGUAUGGUAUGCACUAGGACUACUCACUCUGCCAGAGCUCUUAGGAUCAUCCAUUUGGUGCAAGGCCUGCUUGGGUGGAUCGUAAGUUGAAAUGUCCUGUGCAAAGAUAGUUUCAAGUUUUAUUAGUCAUAUGUAUCCUUACUUCCAGGUUCCUUCUCGACAAUGCAACAACAAUAAGAAAUAAUAAAAUAAGAAUAUCAACAUAAAGGAAAUGGCUCAGUAGAAUAGAAUAGACAUUUUAGCGUAAGUAUAAUACAGGAAGGCACAAUUUAUAGUAGAAUAUUUCAUAUGUAUCAGGGAAAGGGGGAUUGGGGGGAAAGUGUUUAAAUUGUACAGUAUUAGUAAUAGUAAAUAAGAGUCUGGUAGCAGCAGUUGUGAUGUGUGUGUAACAUGUACACUACUGUUCAAAAGUUUGGGGUCACUUAGAAAUGUCCGCAAUUUUUCUGUCCAUUAAAAUAAAAUAAAAUAGAUCAGAAAUACAGUGUAGACAUUGUUAAUGUUGUAAAUGGCUAUUGUAGCUGGAAACGGUUGAUUUUUAAUGGAAUAUCUACAUAGGCGUACAGAGGCCCAUUAUCAGCAACCUUCAGUCCUGUGUUCCAAUGGCACAUUGUGUUUGCUAAUCCAAGUUUAUCAUUUUAAAAGACUAAUUGAUCAUUAGAAAACCCUUUUGCAAUUAUGUUAGCACAGCUGGAAAAUGUUGUGCUGAUUAAAGAAGCAAUAAAACUGACCUUCUUGAGACUAGUUGCAAAGAAAAACCAUAUCUCAGACUGGCCAAUAAAAAUAAAAGAUUAAGAUGGGCAGUCUGAGAUAUGGCUUUUUCUUUGCAACUCUGCCUAGGAGGUCAGCAUCCCGGAGUCACCUCUUCACUGUUGACGUUGAUACUGGUGUUUUGCAGGUACUAUUUAAUAAAGCUGCCAGUUGAGGACCUGUGAGGCGCCUGUUUCUCAAACUAGAUACUCUAAUGUAUUUGUCCUCUUGCUCAGUUGUGCACCGGGUCCUCCCACUCCUCUUUCUAUUCUGGUUAGAGCCAGUUUGCACUGUUCUGUGAAGGGAGUAGUACACAGCAUUGUACGAGAUCUUCAGUUUCUUGGCAAUUUCUCGCAUGGAAUAACCUUCAUUUCUCAGAACAAGAAUAGACUGACAAGUUUCAGAAGAAAGUUAUUUGUUUCUGGCCAUGUUAAGCCUGUAAUCGAUCCCACAAUUGCUGAUGCUCCAGAUACUCAACUAGUCUCAAGAAGGCCAGUUUUAUUGCUUCUUUAAUCAGCACAACAGUUUUCAGCUGUGCUAACAUAAUUGCAAAAGGGUUUUCUAAUGAUCAAUUAGCCGUGUAAAAUGAUAAACUUGGAUUAGCAAACAAAACGUGCCAUUGGAACACAGGACUGAUGGUUGCUGACAAUGGGCCUCUGUACGCCUAUGUAAAUAUUCCAUAAAAAAUCUGCCAUUUCCAGCUACAAUAGCCAUUUACAACAUUAACAAUGUCUACACUGUAUUUCUGAUCAAUUUGAUGUUAUUUUAAUGGACAGAAAAAUUGCUUUUCUUUCGAAAACACGGACAUUUCCAAGUGACCCCAAACUUUUGAACGGUAGUGUGUGUGUGUGUGUGUGUGUGUGUGUGUGUGUGUGCUAAGGUGCAGGUGGUCAGUCCAGUUCAAGUGUUCAGCACUCUGAUGGCUUGUAGAUAGAAACCGUCUCUGAGCCUGUUGGUAGCAGAGCUCAUGCUCCAAUAUCGUCUGAUCGGCGGUAAGGGAGUGAACAGCUCAUGGCUGGGGUGUGUUGGGUCCUUGAUGAUGUUGGGGGACUUCCCAACACCCUGUUUCUAGUAGAUGUCCUGAAUGGGUUAGAACACAGCCCCAGUGAUGUACAGGACCGUCUUCACCACCCGCUGGAGUGCCUUGCGAUCGUGGACGGAGCAAUUCCCAUACAAAACUGCUGACUCUCUACUGCAGUCCCGUUUAUGUGGAUCGGGCGUGUUCCCUCCUCUGAUUCCUGUCAAUCAACAAUCAACUCCUUUGUUUUGCUGACGUUGAGAAAGAGGUUUUUGUCCUGGCACCACAAUGCUAGUUCACUUACCUCGCCCCUAUAGGCUGACUCGUCAUUAUUGGUUAUCAGACCUACAACCAUGGUGUCGUCAGCAAACUUGAUGAUGGAGUUGGCGUCGUGCAAAGCCACGCAGUCAUGGGAGAACAGGGAGUACAGCAGAGGGCUGAGGACACACCCCUGGGGGGGCCCUGUGUUAAUAGUCAGUGUGGAGGAGGUGUUGUUGCCAAUCCUCACAGCCUGUGGUCUGCCCGUCAGGAAGAUCCAGUUGCAAAGGGUAGUGUCUGGACCCAGGGGUCAGAGCUUAGUGUUGAGCUUAGACGGAAAAAUAGUGUUGCAUGCUGAACUGUGGUCAAUGAACAGUAUUCUCGCAUAGGUGUCCCUCUUGUCCAGAUGUGUUAGGGCUGUGUGAAUAGCGUUGGAAAUGGCAUCUUCCGUGGAUCUGUUGGAGCGGUAGGCAAAUUGGAGUGGGUCCAGUGUGCCUGGCACGCUGGCCUUGAUGUGGGCCAUAAUCAGCCUCUCAAAACACUUUAUGAUGACAGCGGUGAGUGCGACGGAGCGAUAGUCCUCGUCCCCUGCCUCAGGUGGACCAGCCGCUCACCUGCCUCUCGACCCUCGGGCGGGUGAUCGAAGUCCGCCCGAAAGAGGCGAGCGAACUCCCCGUAGUCCUCCAACUCCAGGGCUUUCCCCGAGAGGCAGGAAACGAGGACGGACACCUUCUCCCGCUCCGAUGGCGCCGGCCUGAUGCUGGAGAAGUAAAGCUCCAGUUGGAGGAGGAAUCCUUGGCAGAGCGCCGCCGUCCCGUCGAACGCCCGUGGUCAGGAUAUCUGGAUCCCUCCGGGUGCUGGGGUGUAGGUGGCUGGAUCCGGUUGGCCAGCUGGUCUCGACAGAUCGGGUCCUCUCCUCUCCAGGCGUUGGACGACCUGAAGAACCCGAUCCAUCGCUUCCCCCAAGCUGGCCAUCAUCGUGGAAUGCUCCUGGACCCGUGCCAUGAGUCAGGCGCAGGAGGGUAAUCACCAAAUGCAGAGUUUAUUCCGUCGUACACAAAUAGCGCUGGAUAUCGACAAAGGAAACAGGCACAGGGGAAAAUCUGCCCUGGCAAUACAAGGUAACGGUAGCUCCAACAAUAACAGGCAAUAACAAGGUACGAGUAGCUCCACCGAGCUACACUACAUUCUGAGCAAAGAAAGUAAUAAUUAACACAAAAAUAGCCAUAAAAAAGCAAACUCGAGCAGGAACCGACAAGACGUGCGCCCUCCUCAGCUCCGCCAUCUUAAUCUAAGAUAGUAAGAUGCAUUCUAUUAUGGUCAGUAGUCUGAGGUUGAAAUUCAACCGAAGCUGCCGUAACAAUGUUUGCAAAUGUUUGUCUGUACAUUCACACUUCUAAUUCCGAAAAAGAAGCAUCUAGCUAUCUUAUAACAGGAAUCUACAUGGGAUCAGCAGCUUUAUACUAUCCCCCAAACCAGUUUUAGUAGACUCUGGUGGUAAAAGAGAUAAGUAGCCUACGAGAUAUUCACGAAUUUGACGAAAACCACCUCAACAUUUUUUAUACCUCCAGUUUUGGGUUUAAUGUGUCAAUGUAUAGUUAAUGUACAUGAAUAAUCAAUUAAUUUAAUUACUGUUUUACUUUAGCCACGGAAUCCCUUAUUUAAGACAGAUUUGAGACAGACACUUUUUUAAAGCUGGAGGCAGCCAUUUUUCCAACCUAAGGGUCAUACGGAAUCUGGGCAAGCCCCUAGCCAUUUGAUUGAAAGCCAGCAAGACGCACCAGAAACUGUGUGUUCUUCCUCUACGAGACAGACAGCCUACAGUAGUCGACCUAAUAACUAUAAGUAGUUAACACAAAUACUUUCAAGAAUCAAACAUAUCAGCCGAACAGGUAACGUAUAUAGGCUAUGCAUAAUACACCACAUGACCAAAAGUGUGUGGACAACACUAGAUGUUGGAGCAUUGCUGCAGGGACUUGCUUCCAUUCAGCCACAAGAGCAUUAGUGAGGUCGGGCAUUGAUGUUGGGUGAUUAGGCCUGGCUCGCAGUCGGCGUUCCAGUUCAUCCCAAAAGUGUUCGAUGGGUUUGAGGUCAGGGCUCUGUGCAGGCCAGUCAAGUUCUUCCACAGCGAUCUCGACAAACCAUUUCUGUAUGGACCUCGCUUUGUGCAUGGGGGCAUUGUCAUGCUGAAACAGGAAAGGGCCUUCCCCAGACUGUUGCCACAAAGUUGGAAGCACAGAAUCAUCUAGAAUGUCAUUGUAUGCUGUAGCAUUAAGAUUUCCCUUCACUGGAACUAAGGGGUCUAGCCCGAACCAUGAAAAACAGCCCCAGACCAUUAUUCCUCCUCCACCAAACUUUACUCUUGACACUAUGCAUUGGGGCAGGUAGCGUUCUCCUGGCAUCCGCCAAACCCAGAUUCGUCCAUCGGACUGCCAGAUGGUGAAGCGUGAUUCAACGUGUUUCCAUUGCUCCAGAGUCCUAUAGCGGUGAACUUUACACCACUCCAGCCGACGCUUGGAAUUGCGCAUGGUGAUCUUAUGCUUGUGCUACCCGUUCUGUGAGCUUGUGUGGCCUACCACUUCGCGGCUGAGCCGUUGUUGCUCCUAGAGGUUUCCACUUCACAAUAACAGCACUUACAGUUGACCAGGGCAGCUCUAGCGGGGCAUAAAUUUGGCAAAAUGACUUGUUGGAAAGGCGGCAUCCUAUGACGGGGCCACAUUGAAAGUCACUGAGCUAUUCAGUAAGGUCAUUCUACUGCCAAUGUUUAUUGAUGGAGAUUGCAUGUCUGUACGCUCGAUUUUAUACACCUGACAAUGGGUGUGGCUGAAAUAGCUGAAAUUGAAGGGGUGUCCACAUACUUUUGUAUAUAUACUGUAUGUUUUUAUUCCAAAUGUAUGGUAUUAUUUAUGAACACUUAUUUAUGAAUCAAUGUAUUGACAUGUAUUUUACAACAACCGAUCGUUGUCUAUAGAAUGCUGAUUAGCUUAAAAUAUGUUUGAUAAAGUAGGUUAUACUUUAUAAAAAUAUAUGCUACAAAGUAUGUGAUGUAAAUUGUAUACUGAUAUAUACUGUAUACUGAAUUGAUUUAUGAGGCUUCAUGUACAGUAGGCCUCGAUAUCCUGACUGUUUGAUUAUACUUGUUUUUUUAGACUGUGAAAGCCCAUUAGCUCUGAGACUUAGAUCAGGCUGGGGUGGAAUGGGAUGGACCCCCCCUACUGUGUUGAGAGACAGAGGUAGGAUAGGAGCAAGGCCCAAAUUAAAAGGCAUGGGAGCCAUGUCAUUGACUUUGGGCUGUCUGUUUAUUUAUAUAUUUUUUAAAUAGCCUAUUGAAUUGGCAUAAAUGUUUUCUGGGUAACAGAGUUGCUUUUUAUCUUGUGUAUGACUCUUUGGUCUGGAUUUGGGCUUUAUUGUUGGGCUAAGCUUUGUAGAAAAGUUAAUGCCUCUAUACCCUCUCACACACACACAACUCCCCAGAUUUUUCUCUACCCGCACAUCACUUUUUAACCUCAGGACCAUUCCAUAAAGCAUAAUGAAAAAAAUAAAAUGGUCAAAUAAUAAUCAAAUAUUAUACCCCCUCUCUGCACAUCUCUAUUUUUCUCUCUUUCACUUUCCCUCUUUUUCUUCCUUUCUCUCUCUCUCUCUCCUCUCUCGCUCUCACUCUCCUCUCUCUUUGUCUCUCCUCUCUCUAUCUCUCACUCAAACACACACACACACGACUACCCACACACACUGCUCUCUCCUUUCUUCGGUGCUCUAUUGAAUAGACUUCAUAUACAGUGCCUUCAGAAAGUAUUCACAUCCCUUCACUUUUUCCACAUUUUGUUGUGUUACAGCCUGCAAUUAAAAUGGAUAAAAUUGAGAUUUCUUGUCACUGGCCUACACACAAUACUCCAUAAUGUCAAAGUGGAAUUAUGUUUUUCAAGUUUUUUACAAAUUAACUAAAAAUGAAAAGCUGAAAUGUCAUGAGUCAAUAAGUAUUCAACCCCUUUGCUAUGGCAAGCCUAAAUAAGUUCAGGAGUAAAAAUGUGCAUAACAAGUCACAUAAUGAGUUGCAUGGACUCACUCUGUGUGCAAUAAUAGUUUUUAACAUGAUUUUUGAAUGACUACCUCAUCUCUGUACCCCACACAUACAAUUAACUGUAAGUUCAGUCAGUCGAGCAGUGGAUUUCGAACACAGAUUCAACCACAAAGACCAGGCCAAUGGUGACUUUAAAACAGUUACAGAGUUUAAUGGCUGUGAUAGGAGAAAACUGAGGAUGGAUCAACAACAUUGUAGUUACUCCACAAUACUAACCUAAAUGACAGAGUGAAAAUAAGGAAGCCUGUACAUCAGGGUUCUUCAAUUCCGGUCCUGGAGGGCCGAAACACUUCUGUUUUUUAUUUCUACCUGGUAGUUAAUUGCAAUCACCUGGUGUCCCAGGUCUGAAUUAGCCCCUGAUUAGAAGGAGAGGAUGAAAAACAGAGGUGUUUCGGCCCUCCAGGACCGGAAUUGAAGAACCCUGCUGUACAUAAUAAAAAUGUUCCAAAACAUGCAUCCUGUUUGCAACAAGGCACUAAAGUAAUACAGCAAAAAAUGUGGCAAAGCAAUUAACUUUUGGUCCUGAAUAAAAAGUGUUAUGUUUGGGGCAAAUCCAAUACAACGCAUUACUGAGUACCACUCUCCAUAUUUACAAGCAUAGUGGUGGCUGCAUCAUGUUAUGGGUGUGCUUAUAAUCGUUAAGGACUGGGGAGUUUUUCAGGAUAACCUGGUUCAGUAUGUUUUCCACCAGACACUGGGAGAUGAAUUCACCUUUCAGCAAGACAAUAAUCUAAAACUCUAGGCCAAAUUUACACUGGAGUUUCUUACUAAGAAGACAGUGAAUGUUCCUGAGUGGCCGAGUUACAGUUUUGACCUAAAUCUACCUGAAAAUGGUUGUCUAGCAAUGAUCAACAACGAAUUUGACAUUGCUUGAAGAAUUUUGAAAAUAAUAAUGGUCAAAUGUUGCACAGUCCAGGUGUGGAAAGCUCUUAGAGAUUUACCCAGAAAGACUCAAAGCUGUAAUCACUGCCAAAGGUGCUUGGACAAAGUAUUGACUCAGGGGUGUGAAUACUUAUGUACAUUAGAUAUUGCUGUAUUACAUUUUUUAUAAAUGUUAAAAUGUAUGGGAUAUUAUGUGAUAUUGUGUGUAGAUGGGUGAUAAAACAAUCGAUUUAAUACAUUUUGAAUUCAGGCUGUAACACAACAAAAUGUUGAAUAAGUCAAGGUGAAUGAAUACUUUCUGAAUGCUCUGCAUACAGGUAAUUGCCAAAAUAAAAGAAACACUUGUGUAAAGAGGGAUACAAAGUAUAUUGAAAGCAGGUGCUUCUACACAGGUAUGGUUCCUGAGUUAAUUAAGCAAUUAACAUCCCAUCAUGCUUAGGGUCAUGUAUAAAAAUGCCCAGUUGCCCAUUAUUUUGGCUACCAUGGCUAGAAGAAGAGAUCUCAGUGACUUUGAAAUAGGGUCUCAAAGGAGCAUAGGGGUUUAAAGGGUGUGUGUGUGUGUGUGUGUGUGUGUGUGUGUGUGUGUGUGUGUGUGUGUGUGUGUGUGUGUGUGUGUGUGUCUCGGUCACCAGAUCUCAACCCAAUUGAGAUUCUGGAGUGGCACCUGAGACAGAAUUUUCCACCACCAUCAACAAAGCACAAAAUUAUGGAAUUUCUCAUGGAAGAAUGGUGUUGCAUCCCUCCAAUAGAGUUCCAGACACAUAUAGAAUCUAUGCCAAGGCGCAUUAAAGCUGUCCUGGUGGCUUGUAGUGGCCCAAGCCAGGAGGACGGGAGAGAAGGACUGGAGGAGUUGAGAGAAGAGGAUGAAGUGACCUGUAUUUCCCAGCCCUGUUGAAUGGGAGACAGAGAUCACUGCAGGAAACAAUUCUCAGGGAGGUUAUGAGGUUAGAUCAUGCUUCUGCUAAACAAUGGAAGAUUAAGGUCACUUUAUUUGUCAAUUGCACACAAGGUCCAACCGAAAUGUGACUUUCACUUUUAAUUAACCCAACCCCUCCGAAAGACACACAGGUUUUGGAGAGGUCCAGGGGGCUGCCACACUGGGCACCCAGGGAGCUGUUAUUGUGGGGGGGGGGUUAAGAGCCUUACUCUAUGGCACAACAGCAGGUAAUGACUUCUAGGAUUUGAUACCCUCCAGUUGCCAGCUCACCUUCGAACAGAUUUUUUCCUGUCAGACCCGGGAUUCGAACUGGCAACCCUCCAGCUUUUGGAUCGCCGCUCUAACCGCUAAGCUACCUGCCGCCCCAGGGAAGCCAUUCUUUGCCCUGUUAUACAUUUCAUUUUCAAGUUUAGAUGGUCCAGUUCAGCAGCACUAUUUCAUCGGGACAAAGGAUUCAUGGCUGGAAAGGAAGCCAUUUUUCUUUGAGAAAGUGCUCUUCCAAUGUAAAACUGCCCUCAGAAUAAAAGGUUUGGUGGAACCCGGAGAGUGAUUUGUAUUAACAGUUCUGGAGGACUCUCAUCCUGUUAAGGGUCUCAGGGCACUCAGAUCCAGUUAAGGAUCCCAGGGUGCUCUAUGGUAGUGUUUUUAUUCGUUGUUAAAUUUCAACACAGACUUUAACGUGUAUAUAGUCAAAAGUUUGGACACACCUACUCAUUCCAGGGUUUUUCUUUAUUUUUACUAUUUUCUACAUUGUAAAAUAAUAGUGAAGACAUCAAAACUAUGAAAUAACACAUAUGGAAUCAUGUAGGAACCAAAUAAGUGUUAAACAAAUCAAAAUAUAUUUAAUAUUUGAGAUUCUUCAAAUUGCCACCAUUUGCCUUGAUGACAGCUUUGCACACUCUUGGCAUUCUCUCAACCAGCUUCACCUGGAAUACUUUUCCAACAGUCUUGAAGGAGUUCCCACAUAUGCUGAGCACUUGUUGGCUGCUUUUCCUUCACUCUGCGGUCCGACUCAUCCCAAACCAUCUCAAUUGGGUUGAGAUCGGGGGAUUGUGGAGGCCAGGUCAUCUGAUGCAGCACUCCAUCGCUCUCCUUCUUGGUAAAAUAGCCCUUACACAGCCUGGAGGUGUGUUGGGUCAUUGUCCUGUUGAAAAACAAUUGAUAGUCCCACUAAGCUCAAACCAGAUGGGAUGGCGUAUCACUGCAGAAUGCUGUGGUAGCCAUGCUGGUUAAGUGUGCCUUGAAUUCUAAAUACAUCACAGACAGUGUCACCAGCAAAGCACCCCCACACCAUAACACCUCCUCCUCCAUGCUUUACAGUGAGAACUACACAUGCGGAGUUCUUCCGUUCACCCACACCGCAUCUCACAAAGCCAUUGCUGUUGAAACCAAAUAUCUCAAAUUUGGACUCCAGACCAAAGGACAAAUUUCCACCGGUCUAAUGUCCAUUGCUCGUGUUUCUUGGCCCAAGCAAGUCUCUUCUUCUUAUUGGUGUCCUUUAGUAGAGGUUUCUUUGCAGCAAUUUGAACACGAAGGCCUGAUUCACACAGUCUCCUCUGAGUAGUUGAUGUUGAGAUGUGUCUGUUACUUGAACUCUGUGAAGCAUUUAUUUGGGCUGCAAAUUCUGAGGCUGGUAACUCUAAUGAACUUAUCCUCUGCAGCAGAGGUAACUCUGGGUCUUCCAUUCCUGUGGCGGUCCUCAUGAGAGCCAGUUUCAUCAUAGUGCUUGAUGGUUUUUGCGACUGCACUUGAAGAAACUUUCAAAGUUCUUGAAAUGUUCCGUAUUGACUGACCUUCAUGUCUUAAAGUAAUGAAAGACUGUUGUUUCUGUUUGCUUAUUUGAGCUGUUCUUGCCGUAAUAUGGACUUGGUCUUUUUCCAAAUAGGGCUAUCUUCUGUACACCCGCCCUACCUUGUCACAAUACAACUGAUUGGCUCAAACGCAUUAAGAAGGAAAUAAAUUCUACAAAUGAACUUUUAAGAAGGCACACCUGUUAAUUGAAAUGCCUUCCAGGUGACUAUCUCAUGAAGCUGUUUGAGAGAAUGCCAAGAGUGUGCAAAGCUGUCAUCAAGGCAAAUGGUGGCUAUUUGAAGAAUCUCAUAUUUAAAAUAUAUUUUGAUUUGUUUAACACUUUUUUGGUUACUACAUGAUUCCAUAUGUGUUAUUUCAUAAUUUUGAUUUCUUCACUAUUAUUCUACAAUGUAAAAAAUAGUACAAAUAAAGAAAAACCCUUGAAUGAGUAGGUGUGUCCAAACAUUUCACUGGUAGUGUAAAUGAUGACUGUGAAUGGAAUUCACUCAAAACUACCAUAGUGAUGGGCAAUUAAUUAGGCACUGUCUUUGUUUAUGAAAUACUGCCUAUGCACAUACUUCUUAUUCUGAAAUGGGAUACAUCUACCUGUAAGGGAAGUCUACCUUGUAUUAGUAGUAGCAGGUUGUUACAGUAGUAAAAAACAUUAUCUGAUCUCAUUUGGCCUUAGGAAAAAGAGCUACUGCGUAAUACCGCCAUGCCGGUUUGAUUGAAUCGAGCCUGUGAUUCUUUUCCUUCCGCAGGAGUACACCAUCGACAUCUUUUUUGCCCAGACGUGGUAUGACCGGAGAUUGAAGUUCAACAGUACCAUGAAGGUCCUGCGUCUCAACAGCAACAUGGUAGGCAAGAUCUGGAUACCCGACACCUUCUUCCGCAACUCCAAGAAGGCUGACGCCCACUGGAUCACCACGCCCAAUCGCAUGCUCCGGAUCUGGAACGAUGGACGGAUACUCUACACACUGCGGUGAGAUGUCCAAUGAAGAAGCACCGAAGGGUGACCCUGACACAAAUGAGGAAACAGAGACUGUUUCCAGUUGACUGUAUCGGACAGGCGGUAGUUCUCAAUCGGCACUGAUUGAGCUUUGGACCACGUUAAUUAUCAUAAUUUGGUGCUCCCGGUUAAGAAAGGAGAGUAGCUUCAGCCUGGCAGUGCUGAUGUGGUCUAGUCUAGAGAACGCAAUGGUCUAGGUUGAGCGGUAUCUACUAGCUAGCUAGAUAAUAAUGUAUAAUUAGAGGAGGAACUAUGCUGGACUGGACUCCUCAACCCAGCAGUGAUUGAUGUUCUCCCAGAAUGCAACCACAGUUCAUUAAUUUGUUAGGGAACUCCAACCUCACCCAUGGCUAAUUGUAUCGUCCUAAUGCUGAAUAGAAUAAUACAUGACAAAAGUGCAUGGAUGGGUAGUGUCAUUAAUGCCCAUUUUGUCAUUAAGAAGGUUUAAUGUGUCUGACUUUCAAGUCCACUGAACAGUAUAAAUCGGACAGGAUUGUUACAAAACAGAAAUAUGUUAGACGCUUUGUUGACAACCCCGACCAUCACAGCAGAUGUAAACUGUGUGUUUUUCUGUUUGCAGGUUGACUAUUGAUGCCGAGUGCCAGCUUAAACUGAACAACUUUCCAAUGGAUGAGCACUCCUGUCCCCUGGAGUUUUCAAGCUGUAAGUCUGGCCAUAUGCUCUCUAUUACCCCACCGUCUCUCUCACUCUCUCUCUUGCUCACACACACUCUAUCUCUCUGCAUGCCGUCCACAUGCCCGCUUCCAACUGCAUCAGCAGUGGCAGCCAAGAACAAGCACCAUACCAUGCCGAUGAAGACAUCAGCACACUGCACAAAAUGCUCCCAUGUUUUUUUCCUUUUUUUACUAUUGCGAGAUAGGGAAAAAGGAGAGAGAAAGCAGGACAUUUUGAGAGGGGAGAAGCAAUACAUUUUUACAUUGACCUCCAAACCAUAUACGUUUAGAUCCAGUACAGUAGCCAGGCAGGCAGGGUUGGUGAGAGAGACCACAGCCAGAGAAAUCAGUGUUCCUCGUGAGGAGCUAGUGGGGAAGGGGUUUGUGGUAAUGAGCCAGUAAGUGAGCUACAGAUGCACCAUGGGAUGGUCUUCGGAGAGAGAGAGAGAUAGAGAGAGAGAUUCCUAAAUAGCUCCAGGGCAACAAGAAAGAUAAAUGAAAGUUGAAGCCCUAAAAAUAGAACAGAAAAACACAUUUAAAAUUGAUGAAAGCCACGGAUGAUUCCAGUGGCUGAAAUCAGUUUGAAAUGCAUUAGCUUCCCUCAGUUGCAGCACACGAUGCGGCAUAUUUCUUUCAGCACACACUGAGAAAAAGUGCCACAUGGCACAGUUUCACUGCAACCAUUUUGUAAUGUAUCCUGAAAGCAUAGCCAUGGAAGGAUCUUUGGAAGGAUAGCAUGGCCUUAAUGUGGACAGCAGAUAAAGACUACAACCUUCAAACCUAUGUGUCUCAGGGGUUUACUGUUACAGGAUAUCUUUUCAAUUACAUAGCCCACUACAGCUUGCGCUUGGGAAAGUUGAGGUGCAUUAAACCACCCCAUUUAGCAUGAUGCCUAUGCAUUGUUGUUUUCUUCUCUGGACAGAAAUCAACAAAGACUUGACUCAAGGUCAGUCGUUAUUAGUGUCAAUUCAUUAUUUAGGAUUGCACCUUACGAUGUUCCUGAAUAUUCAUUGUCCACUUUACAUUACAGUCACCUUAAACCUAAAAACCAUUGGAGUGGUACAGAAGUACAUAGUGUAACACAUCACCCGUUUAACACAUUUGAAUAUGGGAUGGAUUCAGUCAUAGACCACCAGAUAGUAAUGUCCAGAGCUAACUGUCUCGCCACCCUUCCUCUUUUCAGAUGGUUACCCCAGAGAGGAGAUAGUGUACAAGUGGAAGAGGAGCUCCGUGGAGGUGGGAGACAUCCGCUCCUGGAGGCUCUACCAAUUCUCCUUCGUUGGCCUGAGGAACACCUCCGAGAUCGUCAGGACCGUGUCAGGUAAUGCUCUCGUUCUCUCUCUGUAUCUGUCUCUCUGAGCUUCCCUGUUCUGAAUGUGCUGUGGUUUACUCAAGGAGCCCCCUUUUCCCAUACCCCUCACUUCUGCUUUCUGGCACAUGCAGCUUGCAUGAAUGUGCACCCUGGUGAAUUAGAAGACUGUGCCUGGUAAAUAACAGAGGGAAACAUAUGCAUUAUUUUAGUAGAUGCUCAUAUCCAGAGCGACUUACAGUAGUGAGUGCAUAUAUUUUCGUACUCUGUUUAUGCUGGUCCCCCAUGGGAAUUGAAUCCACAACGCUGGCGUUGCAAGUGCCAUGCUCUACCAACUGAGCCACACGGGACAUUAUGCAUGCAUACAUUGUCUGUUGGUGGAUUCCACUAGAAACAAAGCAGGAAAUGAAUUUGUCUCCUGAGGAAAAUGGCUCCUCUGCAGCUACAGUGUAUCAGAGGCUGGUCAGAGGCUGUUUUUAGUUGUUGGAGUUGAAUGCUUAUUAUGUGUGGUGGUGUGUUAAGAGGCUUGUAUGGAAAUGCAUGGAUUGGUUGGGUAGUCACCGUGAUAUUGUCUGUAAAACUAAAGGCCAACCCAAUGUUUUUUUUGGUUUUUUUGGGGGGGGUAUUUUACCCCUAUUUUCGUGGUAUCCAAUUUGUAGUAGAUACAGUCCCUGUCCCAUCGCUGCAACCCCCGUACGGACACGGGAGAGGCGAAGGUCGAGAGUCGUGCAUCCUCCGAAACACAACCCAACCGAGCCGCACUGCUUCUUGACACAGUGCCCGCUUAACCCGGAAGCCAGCCGCACCAAUGUGUCAGAGGAAACACCGUACACCUGGGGACCGAGUCAGCGUGCACUGCGCCCGGCCUGCCACAGGGGUCACUAUAGCGCGAUGGGACAAGGACAUCCCUGCCGGCCAAAUCCUCCCCUACCCUGGACGACGCUGGGCCAAUUGUGCGCCACCCCAUGGGUCUCCCGGUCGCGGCUGGCUACGACAGAGCCUGGAUUCGAACCAGGAUCUCUAGUGGCACAGCUAGCACUGCAAUGCAGUGCCUUAGACCACUGCGCCACUCUGGAGGCCGGCCAACCCAAUGUUUAAUCAGUCAUGAAGAUAUAAUGCCAUUUUAGCAGUUAUUUCCCCUAAAUGGCAGCUACAGAAGAUUAAGUGAUAACCAGAGGAAACACAAUCUGUUACCAUUAUCAUAAACGUGGCAAGAGUCUUUUUGGCUUCUGGAGGGAGAGAGUACAAAUUAAGAAAGAUCUUAAAAAGAUACUCCAUUUAUUUAGGUUAUUCACUUAAAUGGAUAUUGAUCACGCAGAAGGGAUCUUUCUUGGCUAUAUUUAUCUGGACUAUCUCCCUGGCCUAAAGAAACAUAAAUGAUUGUAUCAGACAUGCUUUAGUAGAGCAAUUAUGUCUGGUAUUUUCUUGAGAUUACAUCUUAGUAUAUUUAGAAGGCAAUGUUGUUGUUCUGAAAGGUACACAUUUUGCUAUGUUCUAAGACAUUUCCGGUUAGUAAUCCAUUUACUGCAAAGGGGACAUAAUGUACGAUGCAUUUAUUAUAUUGAAUCUUUUGGUCAUUGCUUUUAAUACUGGUGUCAUUACACAUAUGAUGGUUAGGCUACAAAAAGGUGCCAUCUAGAACCUAAAAGGGUUCUUCGGCUGUCCCCAUAGGAUAACUUUUUGAAGAACCAUUUUUGGCUCCAGGUAAAACCCUUUUGGUUCCAGGUAGAACCUUUUUGGGUUCCAGGUAGAACCCAAAAGGGUUCUACCUGGAACCAAAAUGGAUUCUCCUAUGAGGACAGCCGAAGAACCCUUUUGGAACCCUUUUUUCUAAGAGUGUACAGAUGUCAGAUAGCAUAUUCCUUUUUCAAAACUCCAUGUAGUGGUCCUAACUAGUAAUGUGAAAAAUGAACAGAAUGUCUUUGAUGACAACAGAUCCAACUCCUUUCAGCAUAUAGCCGUUAUCAAGAGGUUAUGUUUGAGGUACUCUUUUAAGUAGCCUAUUUAUCAAGCGAACUAUUGCAUGUAUAGAUAGUGAAAUGUAACCUGACCUGUUGAAAGUGUAAAGCUGUGUAUGGAGAAGAUAAACUGAAUGGGCAGCAACAGUCAUUCUGACCUGUCAGUAAAUGCGUGCAGUUUGACGAAACCUGGCACACCUCAUUUUCAUAGAUACAAAUAAUAAUAAUAAUGACAAAGCAACGCUCUAAAUCUACCAUGCACGGCUGCUCCGACAGCUGUUGACUUUUAUAUUCACACACUAGCCUGAAGUCAGUGAACAAAACAGAGGUACAAUACAAUGCCUUGGAAAAUAACCCACUGUCUAUACAACUGAGAGGGAAUUACAUUGAUUGGAAAUGGUAUACUAUAAUCAGAUUGAUUGAACUUGCAAUAUAUGCUGUGUGGGGAAGGACUAAAUGGAAAGUUACUUCCUGUUCUUUUGACUUAUUGGUUAGAUAAACAAAAUAGUGUUCUCUUACAUAACAAGGGAAAGUGGAUGCCCCUGUUGUAAUGGUGCAGUCCACUGUGGAGUUUGCCUCUGUUUAAGAUUCUGGAACACACCAUCUGGUGAAAAUGUAUUCAGAGGGAGCGGAGAAGGGAUCAUGCCCUUGCACUCUGUAUUUUAACUACCGUACCAUCUGUGCUGAUAUGGGAAAUGUUGACUACUUGUAGGGCAUUGGGUAUAUGUUGCAUAUUGUACAUUCAGAGCACAUAGCUUGAGUUAAUAUUUAAAGUUUGGCCAAAAGCACAUAAAUCAUUAGAGUCACUUGAUUAGAGUGAUUUAUUGAGUUACGUACAUGUUGUAAAAUAGGUCAGUUAGGAGGAGCACAAGGACACAGAGAAACAAGAUGUCUGUUCUUGCUAAGGUUUAUUCACAGUGAGGGAGAACAGAGUACGCUCAGUGGCCAGGGGAAUAGAUUGUCUCACAAUAUCUGACGAGCCAUUUUUGGACAUAUUAUUCUAAUAUAUUUUACAUUAGAUGCUCACGGUGACAUGUUGAAAUUCUAGUGAAUUGUGAUGAAAAGUGACGCUCUGAGAGGAAAAAGAGAGAGAGAACAAAAGGCAAGACAAUCUGAUCCUCCGCUGUGGUUGUUUGCUUUAUAAGGAGGCUGUGUCUGCUUUGAUUUGGUGUUCCUCCUCAGGCAACGUCAACAAACUUAGACCUUCACUAUGUCACAUCACAUCAAGGCCACUGGAGGGCCACCAGUCUACCUGUGGAUCCCUACGUCCUCCUCAGACAGUGUCCUGA